GCUUGGAGUGCUAGGGAUCUUAGCGCGGGAGCAGGUUGGAUUUUUAGGGAUGUUUUUUCAGAUUCUGUAAUGGGUGGCUGCUCGAGGGCCUUUUACUCUUCUUCGGCUCUUCAGUCUGAGUUACAGGCUUGUUUGUGGGCUCUUCGGGCUGCUGAUCGCCGAGGCUUUCGUCGUCUUCUUAUCUACUCCAACUGCUCGAAUCUCUUUUCUCUUCUGAGGGAUGGUCGUGAUGGCGAUAUUUUUUUCUUCUGGUUGCUGCAAGAUAUUCGACUUUCUCUCCUGCGGUUCUCUAUCUGCAAGCUUCGCAAGGUUCCUCGUUAGUGGGUUGCCCCAGCUCACUGGUUGGCUGUUCACGCUCGUCGUCGCCAAUUGCUUUGCUGGUCCUUUUAGCUUUUGAGUGUGUUUUUCUUUGUUAAGGCUUCUUAAAAAAAAUAAAAAAUAAAUAAAUAAAUAAAUAAUUGAAACCAUACCAAAUUAGAUCUGGCACGGGGCCAUGGCAUUAGCUUUUGCGUGAGACACUUGAAAUUGGGGAAUUUUAAAAAAUAAAUUCCCAAAUUGAAUUAGGGUUUAUGCUAGACUUAUAUUUUCCUGUAAAAAUCAUCCUUUUCAUUCAAAGCUUUAAACUGUCCGAAACCCUAACGAAAUUCUCCCUUUAAUCACCAAAAUUUCUGGGUUUUCUCCAUCGGAAUGAUUGCAUAAUGAAGCAACCAAAGCGGCGUCACGGCCGCGAUCGAUCUCCAUCACCACCAUCAUCGAAGAAGCACCACCAUAUUCACGGCAAAAGCCCUCAACGCCAAAUUCAUGAUCUGGGUAAGCAUCGCCCAGCUUUUAUUUCGUAUCUUGAAUCCCCAAAUUUACCCCCAAAAAUCAAAUUAAUGUGUGAAAUUGUAGCUAGUACCCCACCUUUAUCAGUUGCGAAAGUUCUAGAUGAUAAUGGUAUUAGGGUAACUCAGGAAGAUGUUGAACAAGUUCUUAAAUUGUCAUAUGGUUGUCCUGCUGCUGCUGUGAAGUUCUUUAGGUGGGCAGGGUACCAAUUGAAUGAUAGACAUAGCCCUUAUGCUUGGAAUUUAGUUGUUGAUUUGUUAGGGAAGAAUUCAUUGUUUGAUGCAAUGUGGGAUGCAAUUAAGUCUAUGAAGGAAGAAGGGAUUCUUUCGCUUGCGACUUUUGCAUCGGUUUUUAGUAGUUAUGUGUUAGGGAAUCGGGUUGAUGAGACAUUUAUGACGUUCGAGGUUAUGGAUCAGUAUGGUGUUCCUAGGGACAUUGUGGCAUUGAAUUCGCUUUUGAGUGUGAUUUGUAGGGAAGGGAAGACAGAGAAAGCGGAUGAGUUUUUGAGGAUUGCAAAGGAUAAGAUUAGGUUGGAUGCUGAUUCGUUUGCUAUAUUGUUAGAGGGGUGGGAGAAUGAAGGGAAUGUAGCUGGUGCGAAGCGGACUUUUGGAGAGAUGGUGGAGGAGAUUGGUUGGGACCCUAGGAAUGUGCCGGCUUAUGACUCUUUUUUGUGCACAUUGAUUAAGGCUCCAAGUGGAUUUCAUGAAGCUUUGAAGUUCUUGAACACCAUGAAGGAGAGGAGGUGUUCCCCUGGGAUGAAGUUUUUUGGGGUUGCCUUGGAGGAUUGUGUGAGGAAGAGUGAUGCCCGAGGAGCUUCAUUGCUGUGGGAAGCGAUGACAGUGAGGAGCGAUUUCAGGCCUGACACUCAAAUGUACAAUAUGAUGAUUUCAUUGCAUUCUCAUCUUGCUAAUUUUGAUAUAGCUAGAAGGUAUUUGGAUGAGAUGGUUUAUGAUGGUGUUUUUCCAGAUUCAAAGAGUUAUAAUACUUUGUUUCAAUACUUAGUUAAGAGUCGUAAGCUUGAUGAGCUUUCAUCUGUAUUUACCGAGAUGGUGAAGAAUGAAUUUUUACCAACCCAAGCUAAUUGCAUUGCUGCUGUUAGGCUUUUCUUAGACUCUGGGGAUCCAUACAUGGCUAUUAAGGUCUGGAAAUUCAUGGUUGAGAAUUAUCAGUCUGAGUUAGAAGAGACUGGGAAUUUCUUGGUUUUAGGGCUUCGUGACUGCAAUAGAGUUCAAGAGGCAGUUAAGUAUGCUGAAGACAUGAUUGAACGGAAGAUAAAGUUGAGUUCCUUUACACUGUCUAAAUUGAAACAAAACCUAGUAAAGGCAGGAAAAGGUCCUGUAUAUGAUGAACUAUUUAGGAAGUGGAAACUUCGUUAGGUUUGCUAUAUCACUCUCCAGGCUUCCUAUGUCAUUUCCAGAUUCAUACAGCCUCUCUGUUGCAAGGGUGUGGACUGUGUUCCCCUUACCUGCACAAGUGGGAGCCUUUAGAAGCAUUGGCUUAUUUUUGAUCUGCCGGUGUGAUGUCAUACUCACUCAGGGAUACUUGCUGAUCAGCGGUAACAAGGAUGUCAACAUUAUAAUCAUAAAUCUAAACACUAAUUUGUUUCCCUUUCCAAAAAUGUUUCUGGAGGCACACCCUGUACUCAGUAGCCAGAACUGUACAAUUGAUCUUAUGAUGGUUUUUUUUUCUUCUUCUGUAAAUAAGGGAGAAAAUACUUAUGUUCGUUUUUAUCCAUAGUUCUUUUUCAUGUGUUUGAGCAUUGAAGUUUUUCUCAUGUGACCGGUGUUGUCUUCUACUAUAUUGCUUAAUAGCCCUUGGUUUUGUGGCACU